GGCUUGCGCUUCGUCUGAUUUUUGGCCUUUUCUUCUCCUCCACAGAGAAAGGAACGGACGUCCGAGUCUGGUCGGCAGGAGAUCUCUCGCUCUCGUCGCAUUGCAUCAAGAACAGAGCCCUUGGAUCCAAGCGCAUCCUCUCUUCUUGUCAGCCAUACUCGCUGCCCUGUGAACGUCGCCGCCGAACCCCCCGAGCGCACCUCUCUCUCGCUUCUCCCAUCCUCUCGGACGAUCGGCUCCAUCGCCUCGCUUGCUAUUCGACCAUGUCUGCCUUUUCCCUGGCCUCCAAGAGAGCUGUGGCUCAGUCCCGCAGCGCCUUGAUUGCUCCUCUUCUCAAUGCUCCCCGUGCUGCUUCCAUGGCCACCACCACCCAGAAGCCUGAGCACAAGAAGACCUUCAAGAUCUACCGCUGGAACCCCGACACCCCUGCCACCAAGCCCCACCUGGCUUCGUACACCAUCGACCUCAACCAGUGCGGCCCCAUGGUCUUGGAUGCCUUGAUCAAGAUCAAGAACGAAAUCGACCCCACUCUUACCUUCCGCCGCUCCUGCCGUGAAGGUAUCUGCGGAUCCUGCGCCAUGAACAUCAAUGGCGGUAAUACCCUUGCCUGUCUCAGCCGCAUCGACCGCUCCGCCAGCGAGACCAAAAUUUACCCUCUUCCUCAAAUGUACAUCGUCAAGGAUCUCGUACCCGAUCUCACCCAUUUCUACAAGCAAUACAAGUCCAUUGAGCCCUUCCUCAAGCAAAAGACCCCCGCUCCCGAGCGCGAAAACCUCCAAACCAUUGCUGACCGCCAGAAGCUGGACGGUCUCUAUGAAUGCAUUCUCUGCGCUUGCUGCUCGACCUCGUGCCCUAGCUACUGGUGGAACCAGGACAAGUACCUUGGCCCCGCUGUUCUCAUGCAGGCCUACCGCUGGAUGAUCGACUCUCGCGACCACUUUGGUGUCGAGAGACGCGAGCAGCUGCAGGAUCCCUUCUCGGUCUACCGCUGCCACACCAUCAUGAACUGCGCCCGCACCUGCCCCAAGGGACUCAACCCCGGCAAGGCCAUUGCUGAAAUCAAGAAAUUGAUGUCCAAGGACGGUUAAGUGUAUCGCCAGCAGAUGCAUCGGCUUCACGGUCUCACUCUCAUCCACAAUAAAAGGCAUUGAGAACCCCUCCUAUACACACAACAAA